AUGGUAUGCCUACCAGAGCCACCAACCACAGUCGGUUCUGCUAUUCCAGCUCACACUCCACAUGCUGUUUCUGUGAUGUUCCCGACAUGGCAAGACAAUGUCUAUUAUGAACAAGGCGAUCCAAGAGUGACAUCAAAGAUGGAAUGCGGCUAUCCUCGCUUCUUCAUUCAUCCCUUUAUUCAAAAGUUAUGCACACGCCUCGUCCAGAAAUUCGGUAAGCCAACCGAAGCCGGCAUGUUAUUUCCUUCCCGUAAGGUAGCUGAGCGGUGUCGCAACUUUAUGAAGCGUACCUAUCUACCAGCACAGCAGACAUCCGGGCUGAUACGUAUUGCCGAAUUCGAAAUCGCAUCUGUGGAUGAGACAAGCGAGCUUCAACGAGUCCCUAUGUACAUUGUCCUCUUUCCCAAGGAUGCAUUUCCGGUAGCCAAGCAAUUCUGGCAACAUGCAGGAGAUAAUGUUUCCUCUCGAAUGGCCGAGUAUUGCCUUCGUAUUCUUGAUGCAAACGAUUCUAUUGCUAGCUCUCAAAAUUCGUCAGCCAUGUAUGAACCUAAACGUGGCAACCGUCGCUACGUCCGUGCAUCACAUCCUCACAAUAUCGAAGCACAAUUAAAAAAAGAGACAAAGGAAGAAACAUGCGAGGCAGAACAUUCUGCAUAUGUUGAGGAGAGAUACGGCCGCAACCUGCCUGUCAUCUAUGCCGAUCGGGCCAAACGUGCCCUUCGCCGCCGCAUUGCCGGUGUUCUCACAGAAGCAGAAUCCGGAGAGAUGAUGGAACAAUUUUCACAGACUACAGCUGAAGAUCUUCAGCAUCAACGUCAAUUGAAAGGUGCUCGUGGUAUUCGUGGUGUAUCAGAGGAAGAUGUGUACUUGUUCCCUUGUGGUAUGAGUGCCAUCUUUCACGCACAUCGUCUUGCAUUGGCAGUCGGGGACCAAUCUUUAAAGAGCGUGUGCUUUGGCUUCCCUUACACAGAUACACUCAAGAUUUUGCAAAAGUUUGGUGCUGGUUGCUACUUUUAUGGAAUUGGUGAAGACCACAACAUCGAUGAACUUGAAGAGAGACUCAAAGGCGGCGAGCGUAUUCUCAGUCUCUUCUGUGAGCUGCCUUCGAACCCUCUUCUAAAGUCCCCCAACCUCAAGAGAUUGAGACAGUUGGCUGACGCUUAUAAUUUUUUCAUUGUUGUUGAUGAAACUAUUGGCAACUUCUGCAAUGUUGGAGUUCUUGAAUGGGCCGACAUGGCUGUGAGCAGUCUUACAAAAGUGUUCUCAGGAGACAGCAAUGUUAUGGGUGGAAGUAUGAUUCUGAACCCUAACCGCCAAUUCUAUGACAAGUUGAAAAAAGAACUUGCAAAUGAUUAUGAAGAUAUUGUAUGGGCCGAAGAUGCUGUGUUUUUGGAGAGAAACUCGCGUACAUUUAAAGAAAGAGCAAAGUCUAUCAAUAUUGAUGCUGAGACUCUGUGCGAUUUUUUGAUCAAGCACCCCAAGGUUGUCUCUAUAUUUUAUCCAAAGUAUACUUGUAGAGAAAACUAUGAUGCGGUCAAGACUCCGGAUGGUGGAUAUGGCGGUCUCUUUUCUAUUAUCUUGAAGAGUGAAAAACAUGCUGCUCAAUUCUAUGAUAACCUUGGAUGUGCAAAAGGUCCUUCACUCGGUACCAACUUUACACUCGCCAGUCCUUACACCAUAUUGGCCCAUUUUACAGAACUUGACUGGGCAGAAAAGUUCGGUGUUCCCAAGCAUCUUGUACGUGUUAGUGUUGGUCUUGAGGGAAAGGAGCGUCUGCUGGCCAUGUUCAAAAAGGCUUUGGAUGCUGUGGAUGAUUUAUAAGGGACAAUAGACUUGAAAAAAAAGCUACGAAGAACCUAGACAUCAAACUCUUACCCAAAAAAAAAGAAUUUAUAAAGAAAAAAGGCACUGUAAAUUAUUAGCCAAAUAAAAAUGGAAUUCGAUAUUAAC